UACCAGCCUUGCUGGAGAAACUGAGGGCUGGAGUUAGUGCUGGAGCUGAGCCGACAGAGAGCAUUGUCAGUUGAGCGCAGGCUGGGAAGAAAGAUGGCUGGGCUGAAUGCACGCAGUGUCCUGGUGACUGGGUCCAAUCGGGGUAUUGGCUUGGAGCUGGUGAGGCAGCUGGUUGGGAAAAGCAACCGGCCAGAAUGGAUCUUUGCCACCUGCCGGGACCCAGAGGGACCACGUGCCCAGGUCUUGAAGGAUUUGGCUGCCAAGCAUCAGGGAGUGGAGAUUAUCCCACUGGACACUUCUGAGCCCUCUAGCAUCAAGGAUGCUGCGACCAGAGUGACUGAACGGCUUAAAGGGGCUGGGCUGACCCUUCUGAUAAACAAUGCUGGAAUUGCAAGGAUAAACUUAGUUAUGGAAGCUGAGACACCGGAAGACAUGUCUGAAGUGUACAAGACCAAUGUGACUGGGCCCAUGAUGGUGAGCCAGGCAUUCCUGCCCUUGCUGAGGAAGGCAUCUCUGGAAAGCCCCCAGAAUGGGAUGAGCUGCAGCAAAGCUGCCAUUGUCAACAUCUCUAGUGAAGCUGGCUCCAUCACAAAUCUCUUCCUGUGGGAGAAUGGACAAGUUGUCAAUUACCGUUGCAGCAAGGCUGCUCUGAAUAUGCUGACGCGGUGCCAGUCCCUGGGAUAUGCUAAUGACAAAAUCCUGUGCAUUGCACUGCAUCCUGGGUUUGUGGAGACAGACAUGACAGGUGGAGGGUUACUCACAGUGAAUGAGAGUGUGCAAAGCAUCCUGAAGACCCUUUCCCAUCUCUCGGAGAAAGACACUGGGACUUUUGUGAAUUGGCAGGGGGAUGUACUUCCUUGGUGAAUCCAAGAUAUUUAGCUGCCUGAUGUGGAGUAGCAAAGUGCCUCAGGGUGCAUAGCUAUAGCCCCAAAGCAGAUCACAUUAUUUUGACACCAGAGGCAGAAACACCCACAAGCUCCUCUCUGUCUCCCCCAGCAGUAAAAAUGCAACAA